UGUACAUUCCGCUAGGUGGCACUAAUGCGCUUAUUAACAAACUGAACUCAGUGAAAGCACGAGUCAAUAAAUGUAAACGAAAACAAAAUGGCGGCGUCCUUGAGCAGGCAGGGAAGAAUAUUAUCUAUUGCUUGUAGCCAACUGAAUUCUGCAGCUGGAGUCAACAAUGGAUCAAGGAGCAUAAACACCAGUGCAGUUUGCUAUAAGAACCGUGCAGCCCGCGUUCGGGUGGGUAAAGGCGACCGGCCUGUAACUUAUGAACAGGCCCUGCACCCACACCACAUAGCUCACAGGAAAGGCUGGCUCUCUCAACACACAAGUAACCUCCAGGGAGAAGAAGGUGCCGCAGAGCGCACUGUAGAGGACAUGUUCAUCCGCCGUUUCAUCUUUGGCACGUUUCACGGCUGUCUUGCUAACGAACUGGUUAUCAAGCGCAGGGGCAACAUGCUGGUCAUCUGUGCGCUGAUGCUGCAGAAACUCCAGCCUAAUAAAUAUUACUUUCUUAUCGGCUACACAGAGGAACUACUCUCGCACUUCUACAAGUGUCCUGUAAAGAUGGAGAUACAGAUGCUGGAAGAUAAAAUUGUCUACAAGUAUCUCUAAGGAGAAUUGAUACAGCAGCAGUUAAUUCGCUUUUGCUAUAAAUCUGACUAUCGUGUGUCUAAUGUAUGUAAUAAUAUUAAUAAAUAUAAUCUGUGCUAAUACUA